AAAAAAUGUCUUCAAAUGUUGGAAAUAUUACGCCGUUCCAUCAUAAAAGCCAAGAAUGGCACAUUUUCAAAAGCAGGUUGAAGAUGUUUUUGAAGAUUAACGGUGGAUUAAAGGGCAAUGAAAAUGCGGUACUUUUGACACACCUCACGGAGAAGACGUAUCGAUUGGUGCGGAACCUACUAUACCCCAGGAUUAUAGAAGACGCAACAUUUGACGAGCUGGUCAGCGUACUCGACGCGGCCCAGGCUCUCGAAGUGGCCCAGCAGACUGCCUGCGCGCGUCAAGCGCGAGCCAUCAUGGUGGAUGCCGGCAUGAAGCAGGAGCCGAUGUUCAAGGUCAGCGACGGAGUACGGCGUAGGGGCGCCGGCGUCGCUUCAUCGUCACGUUCGCCGCAAGAUCCCAGUGUAUGUUCAGUGUGUGGAAAGACAAAUCAUUCUUCAAACAGGUGUCGUUUUCGAAAUUAUACGUGUAAAAAUUGUGGACAGAGAAGUCACCUAGCUAUAAUGUGCGGUAAAAAGAAAUCAGCAAGUAAGUUAUACAACUUAGACGAGGACUCCCCAAGUAAGGCGGAGGUCACGGAGUGCCCGGACUGCGACCUAUUUAAUCUCAGGUAUGUCACUAAUGAUCCAUUACACUUAGAAGUAGAAAUUAGUAAUCAUAAAAUGAAUAUGGAACUUGAUAUAGGGUCGG